GCGUCAAGAGGUCGAUCAGGUUUAGCUUUCCAAAUACGAUUGUCCUCGCUUACCUGGCCAACUCAGAACCAGCUUUCUGUUCACAUUAUAUGGGUCCAGUGUGGGUCUAUUGUGCUUGUCGGAUUCAAGACACAAAGUAACAUUUAUCAUUCAUCAUGCAAUCUCGAAGACUGCAGUUGAAAUUGGUUCAUGGCCGCCUGUGCUUGGGCCUUAUAUUCGGUCUAUCAUUGCUAAUUUGGGUUACAUUUCCAAGUGAUCCUGACCAUCGCCGAAACCUCAUCCUCCGCGCGGGAAACAUCCUGCCCUUCUUGGGAAUUCCGAGGGACUUAGCAGAUUAUUAUGGCAUUGCCGUGAAGAGGCCCUCGUUUGUCCACACCAAGUUAUCUUAUCUACAGCACAGAGGUUAUCAAGACGUCAAGAAUCCGAAGCUUUUGUGUUGGAUUACCUCCUAUCAUGGAACAAGACAAAGGGCCGCCGCUGUUCGCCAUUCUUGGGGUCAACAAUGUGACAAGUUCCUAAUUAUGUUUCCAAAAUUCCGGGAUCGAACAUAUAAUGACGAAGAUGUAUCCUUGCCAGUUUCUUACCACUACAGUGCUCUUUGGAAUCGGACUCAAUUGGCCUUGCUGCACCUGUGGGAACACUUUGGCACUACCUAUGACUUUAUUCUCAAGGCGGAUGACGAUACCAUGGUGAACGUGACGGCCUUGCGAAGGUUUCUUCAUGGCUUCAGUCCACAAGACCCUUUAUACAUGGGUCAUCCUCUACACAUCCCAACCCUUGGAACCUACAUGAGUGGAGGUGCCGGGUACACAUUGUCGAGACGCAGUUUUUCACUACUCAUUCAAGCUUUGACCAAAAAUAGUCCUGCCUUCUUUCGAGACAGUUUGCCCGAAGAUGCGGCUUUGGGAUUACUUCUAGCCUCAGUAGGGGCCGUUCUUAUCGCCACGGUUGAUUCUCAAGACCGAUUGAUGUCGAUUCCAGUGCGGAUGACACAUUUUGAAGGCACUCAGGUCGCCAAUUGGUACACCAAUGCCAAUGCAGCCCCCAUGAAAGAUGGCACAUCCCACCAAAGAUUCCAAUGCUGCAGCGACUUCAUGAUUAGCCAGCAUUACAUAUCACCAGAAAUGAUGACAAAAGGGACAACUUGAUAUUUGAUCGACAAUAAUUGUUCAGCAUACCAGAGGCUAAACAGAAAUGAUCUGAGCUUACAAUACGGCUAAAGAAUAAGUUCAUGUUACAACAUUAUCAUUUAUUCAAUGACAUAGAAAUGGGUUGGGAUCUCUCGCGUUCGACGUCGAUUUCCUUGACGACCAGCAGCCAAACCAGCCGCCAGACCCAGAGCUUUAGCCCCCACCAGGCUGGAUGCCAGAGCUACGCCAGUUCCACUUCCCAAAAUGACCGUUCCU